CCAACACAACAACACCGUUGGCCAUUCCAUAUUCGCUUCCAAGCAAGAAUGAUUUCCUCCGCUGGCUUUACUUUUGUAUUUCUAAUGUUUUCAGAGAGAGAUAGGAAAUGAGAGAGAAAGGAAGCUUUCCAGUUUCCUCCCACCUUCCUCUCGUCUCCUUUCUGGCUUUUCUCUCCAGAACUUCUCUUUAACUACCUGUUUCCCCCCCCCCCCCCUUAUUUUCCGUUCUCCAUACCCGUCUCACACCAGAAACCCACACCAGAAACCAGGCACAUGCACCUUCGCCUGGCUUCUUUGCAUUCCCAGAGAAUCAAAAUACUGACUUCAGGAAGAGAGAAAGGAUGCGCCGGUGGUUCUGUUGUACUUGUCAAGUAGAGGAGUCUUACGAGUCAAAUGAUAGUGCAGUCCUGAAAAGCCCAAGGAACCAUGCAGAUGGAAACCAGAAAGGCUUAAAGGCAUCUGCUCCAGAGAAGCCUGAAGUACUAAAAGCACCACCACCUAUUGAAGUGCCUGCGUUGUCUUUAGAUGAAAUAAAGGAAAAGACUGACAACUUUGGAUCAAAGUCAUUGAUUGGCGAAGGAUCAUAUGGAAGAGUAUAUUAUGCAACCUUAAACAACGGAAAGGCUGUGGCUAUAAAAAAACUUGAUGUUUCAUCUGAGCCUGAGUCCAAUGUUGAGUUUUUGACGCAGCUUUCAAUGGUGUCAAGACUGAAGCAUGAAAACCUUAUUGAGUUGCUUGGAUACUGCGUGGAAGGAAAUCUCCGUGUAUUAACAUAUGAGUUUGCUACCAUGGGGUCUUUGCAUGACAUUUUGCAUGGAAGAAAGGGAGUCCAAGGUGCACAGCCAGGUCCCUUGCUUGACUGGAUGCAGCGUGUGAGAAUUGCUGUUGAUGCAGCUAGGGGACUGGAGUACUUGCACGAGAGGGUUUCACCUCCUAUAAUACAUCGAGAUAUCAGAUCAAGCAAUGUGCUUCUAUUUGAAGACUUCAGAGCCAAAAUUGCGGAUUUCAAUCUUUCAAAUCAGGCUCCUGACAUGGCUGCUCGUCUUCAUUCAACCCGAGUUUUGGGGACUUUUGGUUAUCAUGCUCCAGAGUAUGCGAUGACUGGUCAAUUGACACAAAAGAGUGAUGUAUAUAGCUUUGGGGUGGUGCUUCUGGAGCUUCUGACUGGUAGAAAGCCAGUGGACCACACAAUGCCUCGUGGUCAGCAGAGUCUUGUCACUUGGGCAACACCAAGACUGAGUGAGGACAAGGUUAAACAAUGUGUUGAUCCAAAGCUGAAGGGAGAAUAUCCUCCAAAAGGAGUUGCCAAGCUGGCAGCUGUAGCAGCCUUGUGUGUGCAGUACGAAUCUGAGUUCCGGCCAAAUAUGAGCAUCGUAGUCAAGGCACUCCAACCACUCCUCAAUCAGAAGCCUGCUGCUCCAGUGCCUGAGAACUAAGACAAACAAUGCUUGCCUCCGUCCUCUUCUCCCUCAUGUCUUGAAACUCUGCAUGCUUGAUGCCUUUGUUUUUUUCUUCUGGCAGAUUUAACUGGGUUGAUUUACAUUUUUUUAUUUCUUUGUGCAUUGAGAUUCGGUUUGGCGAUGGACGGCUCUUCAGCAGGUAUCUGAAUCAUUGCUGGUUUGGCGAAAUUGUGAAUCAUGAGUGACAUGGGAUUGGGAUGUGGUGGAUGGCAUUUGAGUGUCUCUGGCUUUUCUCUUUCCUAAUGAUUGAAGACAUGCUCCAGAACUUUGUACAUUAAAUGACUUUUCCAUCAA